AAGCCAUUUGGAAAAGGAAGCUCACUGGGGACUUUUCCAUAGCAGUCUCUGGCCAGGUGAAAGCUGGGAUCUCCCUGGAAGAGUGAGCUAGAAUCCAGCCCCACCUAACCUAGAUCAUCUCUAUAAACAAGGCUUUCAGACAGCUGUCUCGGCAGUUCCAGCUCCAUACCCUCCACAGCUAUGAACCUGCAUCUUUCAUGCUUACUGUUCAUCCUGGUGACAGCCUUGCCUGCAGGUCACAGUUCGAUCGGGAAUAAGGGUAUAUCCUUUCAGACAUGUACCACAGUUGAAGGCUUGUGCUUCUUUGGUUGUAAGAUAGGGUGGGUAUGGAUUGGCUUCUGUAACAACAUAAUGUCCUGUUGUAAAAGGGAUACUGAGUUUGUACUUCCUCAAACUAAAGGUAUAUGACCCGGCCUCACAGCUCCAAUUAAAAGGCCAUGUGAAUGAUUUAAAAACUCCCAAUCUGUCUGUGAGGCCCAAGAGCUCAAGAAAACGUGGGGGUGACAGAUAAGGAUGACGCUGGCCAUGUGUCUGUUUACUGGCAAAAGCCCAGAUGGCAUUUUGUAAGAAGCUUUGCAAUAAAUGGCACCCCGUGCUCUUCCUUGUCUUAAAUCA